GCCUGCGCACGGUGUUCCGCCUGGAUCCUCCCUCCUGGAGUGUACUGUCUCUAGGAUUCAGGCUGUCUGGUGGGUUACUCCCAACCAGUGUAGUGACUGCCUGAGUGUUAGGGCCGCUGGACCCCCAUCCGCUUUCAGGUUAUCCUGGUGAGGCCGGGGUCACCGGGGGAAGGGCCAGGGUCGCUUCGGGCUUAGGCUGGAAACGGGUUCAGAACGGUCAAGUAACUUGCCCAAACCACUCAGAGUUAAAGAUGCCUCGGAGGAAGAAGAAAGUUGCAGAAACUACUGAAUCUCAGAGAUUGGAGAAGGAGAAUCAAAUUCUCAAAGUAAAGAAGAUGGAAAAUUCAUUCAUUGUCAUAUCUGAUAGUGAUGAGGAACCUGGGGAAGAGAAUGGAUUGCUGAGGACAAGGACAAUGCAGCAGUCGGAUAGAGCAAAGUGUGCGGCCAAAAGAAAAAUUACACAGAUGACAGAAGAUGAACAGUUUGCUUUGGCUCUGAAAAUGAGUGAACAGGAAGCACAGCAAGUGAAUGACCAGGUGGAAGAAGAAGAGGAGCUCUUAAGGAAGGCCAUUGCUGAGAGCCUGAAUAGUUGCCAGCCUUUGGAUUCUUCUGCCACAAGCUCUGCACCUUUGUCCACUGAAAUACCUGCGCAGUACCACCAAGAGAAACCAGUGGUUUCUGAGACUACUGAAAGCUUGUUUCCUUGUCCUGAAUCUCCACACUCAUCUGUCACAUCCCUGUCACAGGGACCUCAUUUUGAACUGACAGAAAUGCCCAAAAGCCCUCUGGUGAUGCUGAAGAGGUUAAGUCAAGAAAUUGUUGAAAGCUCAUUAUUAUCAAGCAUAAUUUUAUCUCAAGAAAAGAGCCAGCCUUCGCUUAAAUCCAGUGAGGUACCUUCCUCACCCGUGUUAAGUGACUCUAGUGAUAAUUCAUCAAGCCCUCCUGGUAAAAAACAGUUUGUCCUGAGUCCCACCUUUUCUCGAGUACCUGUAGGCACAUGGCAACUGGUACCUCGGAAAUUGUUUGCAAACUCAUGUGUUAGCCAAGAAGAGGAGGUCGAGGGAAGAGAGAAGUGUUUGGAUCACAGUGGCAACUUGGAAAUGAAGCCAAUCACUGGCAGUUCGGGAACUGGGGAUAAAUCCAGCCAGCCAAUGCUUGAAAGUAAGAACUCUAACUUUUUUGACAGUGGAACUAGCCAGUGGGCUGAGGAUACAAAGUAUAAACAGCCUGAAAAAAAGAGUAGAUUGGGGUGUGGUUCCCUUGUGGCUACACAAGGGAAAGAAAAGGCAGCUCAACUCUGCCUCCCUAGCACAAUCGAUGUCAAGAGCCUGCAGGAGGAAAUUGGAGGCACUGUGCACUAUUACUGGGGCAUCCCAUUCUGUCCUGUUGGAGUAGACCCUAACCAGUAUACUAAGGUUAUUCUGUGUCAGCUUGAGGUUUAUCAGAAAAGUCUGAAAUUGGCUCAGAGGCAACUUUUUCAGAAAAAAGACUUUGGAGAGCCAAUAUUACCCAGCUCUUAUUCCCUGCUACAAAAGGAGGAUCAUGAUGAAAGAGAGGAACCCCAAGGAGUAAAUGAAGCUAUCACAAAAGAGAUGGGAAAUAACACAGAAACAAGGAGAGAAUCAAAGUCCUCCACCUUGCGGCAAAAAAGUAAGAAUCUCCACAGGAACCCAUUGCAGAGUUUGAAAGAAAAGCCUUUGUUGGAGGACGAACCAACAACCAGUCACCAUCAGAAUUCCCAAGUCCUAUUUGCUGAGGAUACACCUGAAGAGGAUGAAGUUAUGGGGAUUACAUCAAGCCCCACUGCUCUAAGCCUGUUGACCAGUAAGAGAAGCCCGGUCAUUGCCAGGGGAAGCUCUGCAGAAGAAAUCACUGUCUGCCCAGAGACACAACUAAGUCCAUCCGAAGUUCCUGAACUAGAGAGAGAAGAGGAGUGCCUAUCUCCUAAAGAAAGCCCUGUUAAGGCUGCUGUCAAUGAAAAUAUUGAGAAGGAAAUGUCUGCCUCCAUCUUCUCGGCCCAUAUCCAGGUGUCCUGCCCAAUGUGUGACCAGGGUUUUCCGCCCACAGAAAUUGAGCUGCAUGCCAUGUAUUGCAAUGGUUUAGUGGGGGAGGAAAGCAGACACUCUCCAGUGUUGACUCGGAAACGGAAACGGGCCAAGUGUAAGAGUGACAAUGAGAGAGAUAUCCAGCCAUCCCUAGACAUUGACAAGAGUGAGAAAUGUUACCUCUGCAAAUCCCUGGUUCCUUUCAAAGAGUAUCCAAGUCAUGUAGACUUCUGCCUUCAGAUUGCAACGGAUGACCAAGGAAACAAACUGGAAAGAGAUGAUGGACAGCCUUCAGAUUUUGAGGGAAAAGGUGUGAGGCAGAGGAACACAAGGGAAGGGAGUGGGAAUGGAGGCCGACUUCUCAGCUUGUUGGAGCAAUCUGAAUAUAAGUCUGCAGAAACAGAUACGAAGACAGAGUCAUCAGAAGGAGAAGCUUUCAGGUAUCUUCCCUCAGAGAUGGAGAAGGCAGAUGGUAGCAGAGGAGACCAGAGCUCCUUUAACUCGGAUGACUCUCCCAUCAAGGCUUUUGUUUCUAUUUCCGAAGCCAAGGAUUGCCUGGUGGACUUUAAAAAGCAACUUUCCGUUCGACCAGGUGGUCGGAAACGGACCAAAGCGAGCAGAGGAAAGAGGAGAAAGUCUUGAGCUUCUUACAAUGGAAGGCUGACAGAUCCCUGGAAGAAAUAUGUGGCUGGACUUCUUUCAGCAGGCCCUCUGCUUAUUCUGUCUUUACCCAUUGGUUAGGGUCAGGCCAUACCAUUGUCAUUAUCAGUACAACUACGCAGUCUUUAAAAAAAUAUUUUCUAUGAUCUGUAUAGGGAAACAGUGUAUAGAAUUUGUGUUUUCUAAUUGAUUGUUUGAAAUUGCUUAUAGUUCAAAGAAAAUUUAAAUAUAUUUAUGUAUGUUUAUAUGAAACUCUGAAGCAAUAAGAUGUUCCUUUCUUUCUUUUCUUUUUGGUUCCCAGUGUCAGACAUACCAGUUUUGGAGAUAAGGAAUUACAGAUCAUGUAUUUCAGAAUUAAGUGCAUCAUUGGCUUUAGGUGUGUCCCCAGUGUUCUUCUUGAUCUUCGGUCGUUAGUGUGCGUUGUACGUUCCCAGGCAGUCUCUGUGGUCACUCCCUUGAACUUUUCAGUUCUUUUUCUCCCCUGAGCUUCAUUCCAAGAAGCUCCAUCUUUCUGCAAUAUUCUUUCAUCUACCUGAAGAUUCCUGGCCUCGUUCUACAGUCCACAUACCAGACACAGUUCUAGGUGGCCAAUAAACUCCUGUUAGACAAAGCAUUUUCCCUUCACAACGUAGCCAGUGGGAAUGUCAGGUGUAACCUCUUGGUUAGAAAUUAGUUAGCUCAGCUCUUAUUAACGCCAGAGGUAACAGAAGCAGCAGAGAGCAUCUCUGAUUUCAUGGUGAGUUGCACCAUUGGGUGCUUCCAGUAUAGAGCAGAGAUGUGGCCCAAACUUUAUCCAAUAUCCUAGUAGGAUUUAGGCUUCUAAAGAUGAUAAAACAUAAUGCAAUAGGAAAGGAAGAUGUGCAAGGUAUAUGAGAGAGACGAAGCUGGGUAUAAUGGAGAGAGUACUCGCUGGACUUGGAAUCAGGGGGCCUGGUUUUAAAUCUUGGCUCUGCUUAAUACCUAGGUGACCUUGGGAAAGUCAUUAACUUUAGGCCUCAGUUUCCUUACCUUUAGCAUGAGGGGUUUGGACUACAAUAAUCUUUCUUCCAGCACUAAAUCCUAUGAUUCUUCUGUAAGAUUCUUUGUGGCAAUAAAUCCCAUGAUUCAAUUGAUAAGAAAUAUUGACAGAGAGCUAGGUUUGGUCAGAGCCUCUUUGAAAGUACACCAGGAAGGUAAAGGAGGUGGCAGCUGGCUGAGAAGGGACCUUUGACUAGGGAAGCCUCAGCUAAGUUUCCUCUUACUUCUACUUUUGAAGUCCAAAAUUUUUGUUUUUGAGAACUGGAGGGUAAUGUUUGUUGCUUCUGGGAGGGGUUUGGUCUAGAUUUCCAAAGGCGCCUGAGGUAAGAGGUAAAAUUCAGGUCUAAGUUCUGGUUGAAACAACCCCAUACUGUUUUGUUCAGGGUAUGGAGUGCUGCUUCAUAGUUUUUACUCUUUUUAAAGAAGAUGGGAGAUAAGGAAACAUGAGCCUGGUCCUUUCUUGGUGAAAGAAGGCAAGACUAUGGGGCAACCUAAAUGUUUGCUGUCACUCUUGCUCCUUCCAAAAUGCUCCUUCACAUCCCCAAGGGGGCAGCAGGCUGACAUUGGCACCACUUGCUGGGGGUAUCAUGACCUGUGCCAAACAGUCAUUCUAUACUCACGAGAGGGAGACCCCUCUACUCUUCAGUGCUGAGAAAAAUGUUGUGUUUAGAUGCUUUUGCUUCUUUACCUGUUUUCCUUCUAAUGAAAAGCAGUUUAUCAGUUAUGCACCAUCAGCUUGACUCAUGCUAGUUUUCCCUCUCAUUAAAUGGCAACUUAUUGAAGGUAGAUCUCCAUAAACAGGGGAUAUGGUAUUUAUAUCUUUGUCUAAAGAUUAAGGAAGCAAAGAGCUGAUCCUGGAGCAGGAAUUACUUUUCCUUAAGGUUGAGCAGUCACCAUGCAAGUUUUGGUCAAUUGAAGGAGGAUAGAGAUUGGAGCCCAGUAAUCUCAUGAAUUCACUAACAGGAAGUCAGGGUGUUUUGUUUUUUACUUUGGAAGGAGGCUUCCUCUUGAUAUUUAUUUUUUAGGGUUAGAGAAUAAAUCUUUCUCUCCCAGUUUCAGUCUUACUCUAGAAUCUCCCCCAGCACCUGGGGCCUUCUUAGCCUGAAACACCUCAUUGGUGAGUUCCUCCUGGGGCCUCUGUUUUGGGGAUGAUCCCAGGCUGGCCAAUCUUCAUUUCCUUCCUGGCUCUGCUUCUGACUUUCCAGACUUAAACACCACCUGCCUGUGCCAGGUACUUUCACCUCUCUUCCACCUUUGCAGCUUUCUUUUGUAUGCUGUCUUCUCCCAUUAGAUUGUAAGCUCCCUGAGGGCAAGGGCUCUUUUUUGCUUAUAUUUAUUUGUAUCCCUAGAGCUUAGCCUAGUGCCUAACACAAAACAAAUGCUUAAUAAAUGAUUGUCUCCUUGC